GCCCCGUGUUCCCCCUUAGAGGUCUGCCUGUCUCCCUCCUCACGGCCUCCCCACCCCCAUGCCCAAUGCACACAGCAGACCCCAGCUUCCAGGCUGACGAGCCUCCUCCCUCCGGACAGAGGGGCCCAGCCAGCGGGAUGGACCUGGCCUACGUGUGUGAGUGGGAGAAGUGGCCCAAGAGCACUCACUGCCCGUCUGUGCCCCUGGCCUGCGCCUGGUCCUGCCGCAACCUUAUCGCCUUCACCACAGACCUCCGCCAGGACGACCAAGACCUGACCCGCCUGAUCCACAUCCUGGACACGGAGCACCCAUGGGACGUGCACUCCAUCCACUCUGAGCACCGGGAGGCUAUCACCUGCCUGGAGUGGGACCAGUCAGGCUCCCGGCUCCUGUCAGCAGACGCCGAUGGGCAGAUCAAGUGCUGGAGCAUGGCCGACCACCUGGCCAACAGCUGGGAGAGCCCAGUGGGCAGCCUGGUGGAGGGGGACCCCAUCGUGGCCCUGUCCUGGCUGCACAACGGAGUUAAACUGGCGUUGCACGUGGAGAAGUCGGGCGCCUCCAGCUUUGGCGAGAAGUUCUCCCGGGUCAAGUUCUCGCCAUCUCUCACCCUGUUCGGCGGCAAGCCCAUGGAGGGCUGGAUCGCAGUGACGGUCAGCGGCCUGGUCACAGUGUCCCUGCUGAAGCCCAGUGGGCAGGUGCUGACCUCUACCGAGAGCCUGUGCCGGCUCCGUGGCCGUGUGGCGCUGGCUGACAUCGCCUUCACGGGCGGCGGCAACAUUGUGGUGGCCACGGCGGAUGGCAGCAGCGCGUCGCCUGUGCAGUUCUACAAGGUGUGCGUGAGCGUGGUCAGCGAGAAGUGCCGCAUCGACACUGAGAUCCUGCCCUCCCUCUUCAUGCGCUGCACCACCGACCCCAACCGCAGGGGCCGCUGCCCCGCCAUCACCCACCUCAACUUCCUGGCCCGAGACAUGUCCGAGCAGGUGCUGCUGUGUGCGUCCAGCCAGACGCACAGCCUGGUGGAGUGCUGGUCGCUGAGGAAAGAGGGCCUCCCGGUUAACAACAUCUUCCAGCAGAUCUCGCCAGUCGUUGGUGACAAGCAGCCCAUGAUCCUCAAGUGGCGGAUCCUGUCGGCCACCAAUGACCUGGACCGAGUGUCUGCCGUGGCGCUGCCCAAACUGCCCAUCUCGCUCACCAACACCGACCUCAAGGUGGCCAGCGACACCCAGUUCUACCCUGGCCUGGGGCUGGCCCUGGCCUUCCACGACGGCAGCGUCCACAUCGUGCACCGCCUGUCCCUGCAGACCAUGGCGGUCCUCUACAGCUCCGCAGCUCCGCGCUCCAGCGACGAGCCCGCUGUCAAGCGGCCGCGCGCCACGGGCCCCGCCGUCCACUUCAAGGCCAUGCAGCUGUCCUGGACCUCGCUGGCCCUCGUGGGCAUCGACAACCACGGGAAGCUGAACAUGCUGCGAAUCUCGCCGUCCAUGGGCCACCCUCUGGAGGUGCCCCUGGCCCUUCAGCACCUUCUCUUCCUGCUCGAGUACUGCAUGGUCACCGGCUACGACUGGUGGGACAUCCUGCUGCACGUGCAGCCAGCCAUGGUGCAGAGCCUGGUCGAGAGGCUGCACGAGGAGUACACACGCCAGAGCGCCGCGCUGCAGCAGGUCCUGUCCACACGUAUCCUGGCCAUGAAGGCGUCGCUGUGCAAGCUCUCGCCCUGCACGGUGCCGCGCGUUUGCGACUACCACGCCAAGCUCUUCCUCAUCGCCAUCAGCUCCACGCUCAGGUCGCUGCUUCGCCCCCACUGCCUCAACACGCCCGACAAGAGCCCCGGCGACCGGCUGACCGAGGUCUGCUCCAAGAUCGCCGAUGUCGACAUUGACAAGGUGAUGAUCAAUCUCAAGACUGAAGAGUUCGUCCUGGACAUGAGCACGCUCCAGGCGCUGCAGCAGCUCCUGCAGUGGGUGGGUGACUUCGUCCUCUACCUGCUGGCCAGCCUGCCCAACCAGGGAUCCCCACUGCGGCCUGGCCACAGCUUCCUGCGGGACGGCACCUCGCUGGGCAUCCUGCGUGAGCUCAUGGUCGUCAUCCGCAUCUGGGGCCUAUUGAAGCCCAGCUGUCUGCCUGUGUACACGGCCACCUCCGACACGCAGGACAGCAUGUCCCUGCUCUUCCGGCUGCUCACCAAGCUCUGGAUCUGCUGUCGUGACGAGGGCCCCACAAGUGAGCCGGACGAGGCGCUGGUGGAUGAGUGCUGCCUGCUGCCCAGCCAGCUGCUCAUCCCCAGUCUGGACUGGCUGCCGGUCAGUGAUGGGCUCGUCAGCCGCCUGCAGCCCAAGCAGCCCCUGCGACUGCACUUCGGCCGAGCGCCCAUGCUGCCAGGCAGUGCUGCCGCCUCUCAGCUUGACGGACUGGCCAGAGCACCAGGCCAGCCCAAGAUCGACCACCUCCGUCGGCUGCACCUGGGAGCCUACCCCACAGAGGAGUGCAAGACCUGCACUAGGUGUGGCUGCGUGACCAUGCUCAAGUCACCCAACAAGACGACGGCGGUGAGGCAGUGGGAGCAGCGCUGGAUCAAGAACUGCCUGUGUGGGGGGCUGUGGAGGCGCCUGCGGCUCGGCUACCCCUGAGGGGCCACCCUGCAAGCAACCCUCGCCAGCAGCCCUGGCUCCACGCUGCAGCCCCGUGUACUGGCUCUAUAAACCGAGCCCGUGCCACCGCCACCACCCUUGGUGCUACCGCUACUCGCCCUGGCACCACCUCCUGCCAGAGGAAAAGAGCUGGCCUUGCAGAUGGCUGCCUGGUACCUCAGACCUCGGACUUAGAAGUGAGGAUGUACGGGCGCCUGGUGGACGCCCAGUGGGGAGGACCCCCGUUUUCUCCACAGCGCUUAAUCUGAGGACACCUGAUCCAAGUGAUGACCAAUCUUGACCUGGGCUGGACAGAGAUUGCCCUAGACUACCUGGGAACCCAGACCUUCAGCUCAGGGUUCUUGUCUUAAAGGGUCUGACGGCAGUGGCUGAGACCCCACCUGCCUGUCCUGGUGGUGCUGGAGCACCCCGCUGGGUGGCUGUUCUGAAACUUGGCAGCUUGGCUGGGACAUACAGCCUAAUAAACCCUGCCCAGUGUCCUUGC